GAAGUCCUCUCGCGGUUUCCACUUCCGGCGCGCGCGCUCGCCCUGCGAUUCGCUCUCCGCCGCGGGGAGCCAGCGCGAGGAGGCGACCGGCGGGCGACCGGCCUCCGCCGCCGGCAGUAAUUUCCCCCCACGAUGGGCGACAGUGACGAUGAGUAUGACCGCCGGCGCAGAGACAAAUUUCGACGCGAGAGGAGCGACUACGACCGCUCCCGAGAACGUGACGAUAGGCGCAGAGACGACUGGAGCGACAGGGAGUGGGACCGAGGCCGAGAGCGCCGGAGCCGCGGGGAAUACCGUGAUUACGACCGCAACCGGAGAGAGAGGUUCUCCCCGCCCCGCCACGAGCUGAGCCCUCCGCAGAAGCGGAUGCGGCGUGACUGGGAUGAGCACACAGCUGACCCCUACCACUCUGGCUAUGACAUGCCCUAUAGCGGGGUCUCCACUGGCCCAUCAUACGGACCCCCCCAGCCUUGGGCUCACCCCGAAAUGCACGUGACGCAGCACCACAUCUUGCCCAUCCAGGCCAGGCUGGGGAACAUUGCAGAGGUGGACCUGGGCAUCGCGCCCCCGGUGAUGAAGAGCUUCAAGGAGUUCCUCCUUUCCCUGGACGAUUCAGUCGAUGAGACGGAGGCUGUGAAGCGCUACAACGAUUACAAGCUGGACUUCCGGCGCCAGCAGAUGCAGGACUUCUUCCUGGCCCACAAGGGCGAAGAGUGGUUCUGGUCCAAAUACCACCCGGACGAGGCCGGCAGGAGGAAGCAGGAGUCCCGGAACGCCCUGCAGAAUCGCCUCAACGUCUUCCUGUACCUCAUGGACAGCGGCUGGCUGGACACACUGCAGCUCGACAUUGACAAGGCCAGCGCCAUCAUCAAAGUCCUGGACGCCGCCGUCAUCAAGAUGGAAGGCGGGACCGAGAAUGACCUGAAGAUCCUGGACCAGGAGGAGGAGGAGGAGCGCCAGGACCGGGCCGAGCCGGGCAAGAAGGAGGAGAGCAGGCUCUCGGAGCUGGACCGCAAGGGCGCCUCGGAGAAGGACGACAAGAAGGAGGAGGCCAAGAAGACGAGCGACGAGGAGGCCGCCGAGGACAAAGCCAAGAAGGCCUCGGAAGAUGACGAGAAAAGGGCAGAGAAGAAAGAAGAGGUGGACAAGGACACGAAAAAGGGCAGCCACAAGCGCAAGCGGAAGCGCAGCGGGGACGACAGCUAUGACGAAGGCAGCGUCUCGGAGUCCGACUCAGAAUCCGAGAGCGGGCGCCGCGAGGAGGACGACAAGGAAGACAAAAAGCCCAAGGAGGAGAAGUCGGCGGCGGCAGCUAAGGAGGGCGAGGAGUCACCCAAAGCCAAGGAGAAAGAGGGGGAGCCGAAGCCCCGUCCCCUCCACAAGACCUGCUCGCUCUUUGUGCGCAACAUCGCCCCCAACAUCUCCCAGGCAGAAAUCGUGGGGCUCUGCAAGCAGUACCCCGGGUUCAUGAGAGUGGCGCUGUCGGAUCCCCAGCCGGAAAGGAGGUUCUUCCGCAGAGGCUGGGUCACGUUCGAUCGCAGCGUCAACAUCAAGGAGAUUUGCUGGAACCUGCAGAACAUCCGGCUGCGGGACUGCGAGCUGAGCCCCGGCGUGAACCGCGACCUGACCCGGCGGGUGCGCAACGUCAACGGCAUCACGCAGCACAAGCAGAUCCUGCGCAACGACAUCAAGCUGGCCGCCAAGCUGAUUCACGCGAUGGACGACCGGACCCAGCUCUGGGGGGGCGGCGAGGCCCCGCCCGCCUCCGAAGUCUCCAGCUUGCCCUCCCAGAAUCCCAUCCUGAAGAACAUCACCGACUACCUGAUCGAAGAGGUGAGUGCGGAGGAGGAGGAGCUGCUGGGCAAGAGCGGGGAGCCCUCCGAAGAGCCCCCCAAGGAGGGGAACCCCGCGGAAAUCACCGUCGAGAGGGACGAGAAGCUUGUCAAGGUGCUGGACAAGCUGCUCCUGUACCUGCGCAUCGUCCACUCGGUGGAUUAUUACAACACCUCGGAGUACCUGAACGAGGACGAGAUGCCCAACCGCUGCGGGAUCAUCCACGUGCGGGGGCCCAUCCCCCCCAACCGCGUCACCCACCGGGAAGUGGCCGAGUGGCAGAAGACGUUCGAGGACAAGCUGACCCCCCUGUUCAGCGUCCGCGAGACCCUCUCUGAGGAGGAGGCCCAGAAGAUGGGCAAGAAGGACCCGGAGCAGGAGGUGGAGAAGUUCGUCACGGCCAACACGCAGGAGCUGGGCAAGGACAAGUGGCUGUGCCCCCUCAGCGGGAAGAAGUUCAAGGGGCCGGAGUUCGUGCGCAAGCACAUCUUCAACAAGCACGCGGAGAAGAUCGAGGAGGUGAAGAAGGAGGUGGCCUUCUUCAACAACUUCCUCAUGGACGCCAAGCGGCCGGCCCUGCCGGAGCUCAAGCUCAACCAGCCGCCGGUGCCCGGACAGGGCCUGGCGCCAGGGUUGCCGUACCCCCCUCAGGCCCCCCAGGGACUGAUGCCCUACGGACAGCCCCGCCCGCCCAUCCUGGGCUACGGAGGCGGCCCUCCGUACCCGCCCGCCCCCUACGCAGCCGGGAGAGGGAACUACGACAACUUCCGGGGACAGGGGGCCUAUCUCAACAAACCCCGGAACAGGAUGGUCCGCGGCGACCCUCGUGCCAUCGUCGAGUACAGAGACCUUGAUGCCCCCGAAGAAGCUGACUUUUUUUGAGCAAAGCUGUUCUGCCGCGGUGGAUUUUCGCUCUUCCAGCAUUUUUUUAAAGCGCCACCAGAGCGCCCAGCCUGCCCCCCCCCCCCCCACCCCCCCACGUGUUAGCCCGCUCCCUCUCCGCUGCCCGAUGCCGAGUCCUGGUCUCUCGUGUCUGUUUUACGUUAGUUGCAACUGGAUUUCAAUAAACUUCCACUUAA